AUGUUUAGUACCUUGCGGCAAACGUCUGGCGACGGAGACCGUCUCCUCAGCGUGGAGAUUGCCCCGCCCUUUGACAAGGACAGGAUGUCAAUGCGGACCGCCUGUGAAAGAUGCCGCAUGCAGAAGUCCAAGUGUGUCAGUGGCGAGAAUGGUUGUAUGCUCUGCGUUGCAAAGAACCAAAAAUGCGAGUACUUGGUUGUCUCAAGACCAAGACGGCGCAGAUCCAGCGUCGCUGGUGGUGGCUCAAAAACACGCAACGACAAUGAGGAUGAAGACGGCGACAACAACAUAGUCGUCAACAAGCAGUCAAAUCAGGCAAAAAUGCACAAACGCUGGUCUAGAAUGCAGACAAUACGACAAUCAUCACCAUUAUCAACACAACCAUCAUCACCCAAAGAGCAAGUGAGGGCCACAACAGUCUCAAAGCCAUCGCUUCAGGACAGCAACAACAACACAACAGGGCCAGAUAUGAGUCUGAAAGAUGCGCAACAACUAAUUUUCAGCGACGCUUUCUUUCCAGACCCCCUUGGACAAAUUCCAGCUGUCUUUCCGCAUUUCGAGCCCGCAACCGCCAGAGAUUUCUUUAGCAGUAUGCCUAUACCUGCUGAGAAAAUUUAUGCAGGCUGCGGUAUUACCGCUGAAGCAUUGACUGCUCGAGGAGACAGCAGUAAGCAGAACAAUCACACAUCUGUUUACUCGUCGUCAUCGGCAGACAGCAUCUUCGAAUUCGGAGUUGACCAGAUGGACUUUCUGAUGGAUGAGUCACGCAUCACUGCAACAAUGGCUCCCAACAAAGCCCGAGACAACAACAAAGUCUCAAAUGAGGCUCGGCCUAUUACAACUCAUUCCUCAACACCGUCAGACUCAGAUCCCGUCUUUAACCCCACGUCCAUCUCCACAACGUCAUCUUGUGGCUGCAUGAUGACAGCUGUUACCAUCUACGAGGCCUUGCAAGUUCAGCUUGUAUGGGGAGACCCCAUCGCUGGCCCAUCAGCGACAUCGAGUCCCAAGUCCUCGUCAGCAGGAUCUUCGUACUCGUCUGGGCCAUCAUGGUCAGAUUCAGCAUCAGGAUCAGCAUACAAUUCACCAACACCGCUUAUGACACAACAAACAAUCCUCAAACGUCAGAAGACGGUACUUAUGCGUUGCGACUCACUUACCCGAUGUGGCAGCUGCUGGUCUCGUCCAGACUUUGUUAUGCUGAUCAUUACCAUAUGUGAUCGCAUACUGACUAGUCUGGAGGCGGUCGAGCGUUUCGUCUGUAAUAAAAACGACGAUGACAUGAAUACAGUCAGCUCCAACGGAAAUGCUUCUGCCGUGGAUAUUCAGGCCACUUUGACAUCGUCGCGCACGGAGCUGGAUUCAUCCUUGUCUUCCUCGUCCCAGGGGCUGCAGCGUGGGGUGGGUGCAUGGCAGAUCGACGACGAGGAUGAACAGGAACUUGUUAUUAGCUUGAUCAAGUCCCGCGUCACAAGGCUCGGUAAUCUAAUCAACAUUGCAGAGGGAACAAUAAGCGCAAACGGGUGGCCUUGGCAUGAGAGGCUGGUCCAGGCUCUGCGGAGGAGGUCUAACAAGCUUGCUAUCUCCCUGUCAUUUCGCGGCUUUCCCUAA